AUGCCACACGGAAUGCACUUAAUACUGUUUGCAGCAGCAGCGUUCAUUGCGCAUGACCACUCAGUAGCGGAACAGAAGAUGAAAUGCCCAUCCAGGUGUGAUGUGAGUAAAUGUCCGAGUCCGAUCUGCUGGAGCGGGUACGCGCCCGACCGCUGCAAUUGUUGCGUUGUGUGCAGUCUGAGUGAGGGAGCACCGUGCGGUCGGAAGGAUCAUCCUCCAUGUGGCGACGGGCUUGAAUGUAAAUAUCCAGCUGGUAAGCGACUUUCCAAGAGUGUCUGCCAGUGUAAGACAGUCCAAAGAGUGUGCGGCAGUGACGGAAAAACCUACGACAAUGUGUGCAAGAUGAGAGCAGCCGCGCGAAAAGAGCAACAGCGGGGGCUCUCCAUAAUAACCCAAAGGCACAAGGGCUCAUGUGCACCAUCUCGGUCAGGUCGUGCACAUCAGAACAGCCCACGGCACAAGUUUAACUUCAUUGCUGAUGUGGUGGAGAAGAUUGCACCUGCUGUGGUCCACAUUGAGCUUUUCCUCAAUCAUCCUCUGUUUGGACCUAAUGUCCCGUUGUCAAGCGGCUCUGGGUUCAUAAUGACGCAGUCUGGUCUGAUUGUAACCAAUGCACACGUGGUUACCAGCAGUGCAACUGUAACGGCCAAACAGCAACUACGAGUGCAGUUACAUGAUGGCCAGACGUAUGAGGCAUCCAUCAGAGACAUCGAUAAGAAAUCUGACAUUGCCACCAUCAAAAUUAACCCAAAGCAAAAAUUGCCAGUAUUAUCACUAGGUCGCUCUGCUGAUCUUAGACCUGGGGAGUUUGUGGUUGCGAUUGGCAGCCCUUUUGCUCUUCAGAACACAGUGACGACCGGCAUCAUCAGCACAACACAGAGAGACGGAAAAGAGCUGGGCAUCCGUGACUCCGACAUUGACUACAUUCAGACUGAUACUAUCAUCAAUUAUGGCAGUUCUGGAGGCCCACUUGUUAAUCUGGAUGGUGAAGUGAUCGGGAUAAAUACACUAAAGGUGACUGCAGGGAUCUCUUUUGCCAUUCCAUCAGAUCGAAUCACUAAAUUCCUUGAUGAAUCUAAUCUUAAACUGCAAAAAGAUAUGGAAAGUUCUAAAAAAAGGUUUAUUGGAAUCAAAAUGGUCACUUUAACAGAGAACCUAGUCCAUGGGUUAAAAUGGCAUAAUCCAGAUUUUCCGGAUAUUGGCUCUGGAAUACUCGUACAUGAAGUUGUCCCAGAUUCCCCAGCUCAGAGAGGUGGGAUUGACACAGGUGACAUUAUAGUGAAGUUAAAUGGGCAACCAUUGGUCAACACUGGUGAAUUACUGGAGGCCAUUCAAGGAGAUACGCCCCUCCUUCUGGAAGUUCGGCGUGGAAAUGACGAUCUGCUUUUCAACAUUGAACCUCAAAUAUUUAUGCAGUGACAAUGACAGAAAUAUGUUAGUUGGCUGAUGAAGAUUAUGCAGAGAGAAGAAUAAUCUGAAGUCUAAAAAUAACAUAUCACGUUUGGUCUUCAGAGAAAAACAACUAAUGCCUAAUGGUACUUCUGAGCUCUUUGUAGCUGCAAUCUAAUUAUUGUAAUGUAACUUUAUUAAUCAAAUUUAUCAAAGUGACCUCUCGGUCAGGCCUCACUUGAACUAAGUAAAAAGGCCAGAGACUAACACAUUCUUGCAUAACUUCUUAUUAUUAUUUUUUACCUCAAUCAGUUGUAUUGUGUGAUGUUGUGAAGAUGCUUUUUAACCUCUUUUUUUUACUAUACUGAAAAUUAAAUCGCUUUUAAUUUGCUACCAAUACUUGAAUCAAUUGGAAAAAGUUUUUGAUUUUCCUCUGAUUGGACUUUCCUGUUCUCAUGACCAUUACAUGACAAGGACACAUGUAUGAAAAGAACUACAC